AUGUUCAGCCGACUCGUUGACGAGUUCGCUGCAUUGACUGAUCUGUGGGCUGUACAAGAUGGUUGCACCAAAUUUCACACCAUCACGUCCUUGUCAUGCACACGAGCAAUGCAGGUCAACAUUCGUGAGCUGCUCUCUUUGAGCCUCUUCCUGAUUCCAUUGCUUGCAAGUCCCAUCGAGGUCGGAUCUAGCUUCGCUGAAAGCGCAGGACUCGACGACUCCACUGCCGUAAAGAUCAUCUCUCUGCGUCGCAGCAAGCAUGACCUCCAGCAUUCGUCUCGAGCCCUUCGCAACGUGAAGCGAGCUCAGGGCCCAGUCUCUCUCAAUUCCUCCAGGCUUACGGACUCGGAAAGCCGGAUCUAUCAGAAGGGCUAUGCUAUACUUCGCGCGACGGCCGCUACAUUUCUUGCUCCCAUCUCGAUUGGUGGACAGUCUUUUCUCCAUGUCCUUGAUACCGGCAGCGCAGAUACGUGGGUUGCAUCUUCGUCCUUUGAGUGCCUCGAUGUGAUCACCCGGAAACGCAUCCCUCGGGAGCGUUGUUACUUCGGCCCAACCUAUACCCCUGACAGCAACUUCCGAUCGAUCGAAGAUCAGAAUUCCAAUAUCACAUACGGCGAUGGAGAGUUCCUGAUCGGCACAUUCGGCACAGUUGACGUGACCCUCGCCGGCAUCACAGUCUCCCAGCAACAAAUCUCGCUAGCAGAAGAAGCAGGGUGGCAAGGAGACGGGAUAACAAGCGGUAUCAUUGGACUGGCUUUCCCUGCUUUAACGGCUGCAUACGUCGGCACCAACCCCACUCUUGGUGUGUACUGCCGACCUGGUGGCCAGGGCAAGAAUUGUAAUCAGAUCAUCUAUCCGAGUCUGAUCGACAACAUGUUCUUCAAGCAGCAAUUGACGAAGCCCGUUUUCGCGCUGGCACUAAGUCGUGAUGAGAAUGGAAGUGGCUUUGGAGGGUUCCUGACUAUUGGUGGUAUUCCACAGCCUGAUCUGGUUGGCGUGACUGAUCUUCGAUUUGCUACGACUGAGAUUGACGUACUGUCUGGGGAUGAUCAGUUCAGGUACUACUUGAUGAGCAUUGAGGGUCUGGUGAUGCUACCUGCAGGCUCUUUGAUACCCGACGGCAAUACCCUGACACGUCGCGGCCGUUCAGGCAGAGGACGUGGCAAGAAUAACAGAAAACCCAGCAGGAAGCCCAAAGGCAAUGACAACAAUAACACUACCAUACCCAUCACUAAUACCACCUCACCAACCAUGAUCUCAAACCGCAUCGUCCCCGGCAGCGCAAACGGCGCAUACAUCCUCGACUCCGGCAAAACCCUCUCCUUCAUCCCCAACUUCCUAGCGCAGCGCUACAACUCCCUCUUCGAUCCACCCACCUUCAUCGAUCCCUCCUCUGGCUUCUACGUUGUGACUUGCGACGCCGUCGCGCCACCAUUAGGAGUACAGAUUGACGGAAUAGUGUUCUGGCAUAAUCCGAAGGAUCUGGUUAAGCGGUUUGACGUCAGUGGACGGUAUUGUAUUAGUGGGAUACAAAGUGCUGGGGCUUUGGGAGGGGUUAAUAUUUUGGGAGAUGUGUUCUUGAAUAAUGUGCUUGCGGUAUUUGAUUUGGGGGAGAAGGUUAUUAGUUUCGCGGCGAGGAGGGAGUACGUGUCUUGA